ACAAAUAAAGUGAAAUCAACAAAUAAAGCUAAAUCCAAUAACAAUUGAUACGCGAUAAAUAGCGAUAUCGUAUAGGUCAAUCGUGUGGACAGGUUAUGAAAUACGUUUGAACCGGAGAGAUUUCUGUAUUUAAAUCAAUAACAUAAGUUUAGCGUUAAGCCUGUUGAAUUGAAUAGAAACAUUUAAAUAUGCUUAAAUAAUAUUACAAUCGUAAAGAAAUAUUAGCCUUAUGGAUUUUUUUUAAGUGUAGCACAGUAUGGUGCGUUCUAUGGUAAAAUCUACAAACGAAUUUUAAAGGUAGAGUAAAAAGUCAUCAUUAUAUGCGGAUUAAAAAAAAAACAUUUAUCCGAACAUUCAUAAGAAACACAAAUCUAACGAAAAGAAAAACUAAGAUUUAUAUAAUACAAAAUUUCGAAGUUGUGACUUUGAAAUAUCUUUUUGAAACGUUCAUAAAACGGACAGCGAAUAAUAUUUUAGAUAAAGUGUACAUUUUAAUCGGUAAAUAUCAGUCGCUUGACCGGAUAUAUUAGCAUUAACAUGGGUUGCGGAAGUUCCAACAGUCAGGUUCCAGAUAACUCCUCGCCACAAAACGCAUAUACUGGCGAAAAUAAGACUGCGCAUGCCAACCCUGGGAACUCAACGGGUGGGACAAAGCAGAAGACAGUUAAGGACGAGCAGAAGACAGCUUCGUCCGGCAACCGAAAGUUCGAGGAAGACGCAUUGAGGAAACACAAUGAUCUGAGGAAAAAGCACAGCGCGCAGGCGCUAACUUUGGCAGACGACCUUACAGCGUACGCACAAAAAUGGGCAGACGACAUCGCCAAGCGAGACAGGAUGGAACACAGCAAGUGCACGCUGCCAUCUGGCGACAGCGUCGGUGAAAACAUUUAUAUGUGCUGGUCCAGUGAUGGGUCCGCGGCGGCAGACGCCAAUGAUGCCGUGCAGUCCUGGUAUGAUGAGAUCAAAGAUUAUGACUUCAACAAGCAGGGCUUUGCAAUGAACACCGGUCAUUUCACGCAGGUUGUUUGGAAAGAAUCAAAGGAGUUGGGCAUAGCGUGGGCCAAGUCCAAAGGCGGAAGCAUUUAUGUAGUAGCAAACUACAGGCCGUCUGGAAACUACGAGGGAGAUUUCGAAGCUAACGUCACGCCAUCUUAGUCAUUCAUGUGAAAAACAACAGACACAUCAAUCUCCACAGAGAGUUCGCGUUCCAUGCUCUCAUACACCUCCGCAAAAAGAUUUGACUGUGCUGGUUUCUUUAGUGUUUUAUAAAAUAUUAUUCUGUUUGUUAUGUUUAUAUAUUCUUAUUCAUAUUCAAUUGUUAACGAUCGAUAAAAUUACCAUUUAUGUAUAUGACGAUUGUGUGUAUAAAUAUAAAUGAAA